CAUCCAAUGUAUGACAAAACGCAGUUGAAUUACCGCCUGUUCGAGAUCUCCUUCAACUCAACUUCACCAAAUCGUCCGAUAUCGCCACACUUAAAACUAUCUCCGACAUUUUCCUCUUCACAAACUCACAAUCCAAAUCUCCCAAAUUCCUAAAUCACUUUUAAUUUCUAAUUCCUCUCAACGGGCUUUGCACCAUCACCAGCCGGACCCCCGCAUAAACCUUGCGCUACCUCACCGUCACCUCCCAAUCCCAACUCUCUACCGGCUCGGGACCCUGCAUGAACCCUCGAUACAGUGGUCAGCCCUUGCACACGAAAGGGAUCUCGCAUCGUGGGACGAAGUCAACCAGUCGCGUGAAUAUAAUCACUUGCUUGGAUCGCAACUCCGCUCAAUUUCAGCCUUGAGCGCAAAACUCAUCCUCCAUCUCGUCUUUAAAGAUAUACAGAAACCAAAGGGAAAAAUGAAGCCCCCGAUACUUGCUGCUCUCACGACCAUGGCUCUCGCCUCUAUCCAUCCUCGAACAACCCUCACCUCGACAUCCACGCCAAGUAUACUCAUCGCGCCCCCACCGUCCCCGACACUCAGCACAUGUGACCCAACGCCAUACGCAGACUGCACACCCUACUCAAACUCAACCUUCUCCCCACCAACAGCCCACUUCGGCCCAACCUCCCCCGCAACCCUGCGCGUCGACUCCGGCGCCGAGUCCGCCGCUCUAGCAGCCCUCUCGUCCGUAACAGCAACCUGGACCAACGGCCCGCUGUAUCCGGGAUUGAAGAGUGUUGUUUACGAAGCAGCACCAACCUCAAUCCAACUCUCGCUCGCGGUAAACGGAUACAACUGGGACGCGAUCGUGCGAUCUGAUUGGUACACCUCGGUCCCUGUUGCGUGGCAGGAGGUUGUGACGCGGCAGGAGAGGGCGCUGCAGAGUGUUUAUGAUAAUGUUACUGGGGAGCAUUUGUUGUCUUCGGCUGCUAGGUUGGGUGGAGGAUGGAUGGUAUGGGGCUUGGUUGUCGUGGGUGGGAUUUGGGUGGGUGGUUGGUUGUGGGGAUGA